AUGGCCAACAGAAAGGCCGUCGGGCCGGACGACCUACCGGCUGAGCUGAUCAAGGUUUUCCUGGACAGAGAUCAAGGUCUCCUCCGCGAGUUCCACGCGACUGUCGUGGACGUGUGGCAGACUGGGGACGUACCACAGCUGUGGAAGUGGCAGACUGGGGACGUACCACAGCAGUGGAAGGAUGCCACCAUCAAAGUGCUGUUCAGGAAGGGGGACACGAUGGAGUGCGGCAACUACCGGGGCAUUUCUCUCGUCGCACACGCCGGUAUGGUGCUGCUUAAGGUCGUCGCUACACGACUGAGUCACUACUGCGAGCGAGAGGACAUCCUCCCGGAGGAGCAGAGCGGUUUCCGCCCACACCGGUCGACGCUCGACAUGCUGUUCGCCAUCCAGCGGCUCCAUGAGCUCGCGAGGAAGAAGAGUACUGCGGUGUUCGCGUGCUUCGUCGACCUCACCAAGACAUACGAUUCGGUGGACCGAGACCUACUGUGGGACGUGCUCCGACGCUUCGGCGUGCCCCCGAAGAUGCUGGCGGUCAUUCGCCACUUCCACGAGGGCAUGAGGGCGCGCGUCCGAACGGACGACGGGCAGUACUCGGAAUGGUUCGACGUGGGCCAAGGCCUCCGACAGGGGUGCAACCUGGCCCCGCUGCUGUUCAACUUGUUAUUUGCCGCGAUGCUCAUGGUCGCUGUGGCCGAGUUCGACAAGGACCCCCAAGUGACGGCGGACAUGGUCAAGAUCGGGACACAAGUGGAGUAACGGGCAAGAAGGGCAGGUCGGCGGGGAAGAAGACGACGGUGGUGACGGACGCGGAGGCCUUGUGGGCCAUGCUCUACGCUGACGACGCGGCC